AUGAGUGAUCCACAGAUCAAUCAGCCUAUGGCGCCGCCAAAAGCACACACCCGACAACAGAGGAGCAUGGGAUUGCUCGAGCUCCCAUACGUCACGGUUGCAGAGAGCCGCCCAGACACUCCGUGCGAUGCAAAGGCAGAGAUCACAGCACUCCGUGCUGAGAACCUAAGACUGGGCGAAGAGAAUCUCAAGCUUGCUGGAGAACUCGUAAAUACUUCAAAGUCCCUCAAAACCGCUGUCAAAUUUUGGAUGAAAGCGGAGGAUGAGCUGGGGAAGCUGCUGAAGCUUUCCCAGAACAAUCUUCAGAGAGAGAUGCGCGUUGAAAAGCCUAAGGAUGAGGAGAAGAAGGACAAAGAGGAUACAGAGGAAGAAAGCGAUUCUGGCGCUUACGAGGACGCUCUUGACGCCCUUGAGGAGGAUGGCGGGACUUUGGUUUGA